UCCAAAAAUAAGCACCAUUAAAUUCAUCUUUAUUCUUUCUCUAAAAUCAUGUACUCUAAAAUUCGGUGACCCUUUUGUCAGCAGCAAUGGCUGACCUUUCCUGCAGUUUCUUGCCGUUGUUUUUGCCUCCAAAACGAUAUUUUUCUUGUGCACUUCACUCCCACAAUUCAAGAAUCUCUAGAAUCAAGAGGCAUCCACCUCAUCUUCCGCUGCUCUUCAAACCUUCUCCUUUCGCGGCUUCUGCUUCGGACACUGAUGUCAUCAUUUCAACUCACAAGCAUUCCGAUGGUAGCUUCUUGUUCCGGUUUGGGGACCCAAGUGAGGUUGUGAAAAAUGUUGAAACGGAAGAAGCCAAGACUGUGAAGGAGGAAAUAGAAGGAGAUGACACAAAUGGAUCUAGUAUGGUGGAGGUUAUGGAAAGUGGGGAUGAAAGCAAGGUGGCUGUCUCUGGCUCGACAGAGGUCAGUGAUUGCGCUGAUUCAGUAGUUAGUAGUAGCAAUACCCUCAUUGCUGUUGAAGGAGAGAGUGAAAUCCCUAUUGAGACUGAGUUGCCUGUUUUAACUUCCAACCAAGAAAUUGGGGGUAUUUGUACUCCGGCUUUAGAUGUAGAACAGAUUGGUGUAAAUGAAGAGUACAAGGAUUUAAGUCUAGUGGAAGCCUCUAUACCCGAUGAGAGCUUCCAAAUAGAGAAUACUACAGUUGAGGUGUCUGGUGAGGAAUCAUUAAAGGAAACUUCUAAUUGUGAUGUGGAGGAAUGUCUAAAGGAGGAGGAUGUGGAUUCCCCAGCGGAUGCAGCCAUACUCAAUCAGAGUUCAGAGGUGUUGGAUGAUAUAACUACAUUAGGCUUACUGGAAAAGGAAAGUGAUGACAUCAGCUCCGCUGAUAUUGAUGAAGACAAGACUGGAAUGGUGGAGGAAGGUCUAGAUGGAGAUUAUGAGGAUUCUCCUGUGGAUGCGUCUAUAAUUGGUAAAAGCUCUGAACUGGGUAGUGAAAUUUCAGCAGUAGAUUUGUUGGAAAAAGAAAUCGUUGGCAGUACCACAACUUCUGAUGUUGAAACACAGCCAACUGGAAAUGUGGAGGAAGGUAUAAAUGAAGUGUAUGAGGAUUCUCCCGUUGACAUUGCCUAUACUCCUGAUAACACUACAGCAGCAUUAUCAGAAAAUCAAACUGCUGACGUUAUAUCAGCUCCUGAUAUAGACAUAAAAUACACUGGGAAUGGGGAACAAGGUCGAGAUGACAAACCAAGUUCAGUGGAGAAGGAGUCUGGGGUGGAGAAUUGUAUUACUGCACCAGAACUGUUGGGAAAGGAAACUGUUGACAUUACCUCUGCACCUGAUGUUGACCUACUUGAAUACACUGACUAUGAGGAACAAGGUCUAGAUGAGGUUAUUGACAAACCAAGUUCUGUGGAGAAGUGGCCUGAGGAGGAGAGUUCUAUUACUGCUCAAGAAUUUUUGGAAAAGGGAACUGCUGACGUUACGUCUGCACCUGAUGUUGACCUGGAAUAUGCUGGCAAUGUGGAACAGGGUCUAGAUGAGGUUAUUGACGAACCAAGUUCACUUGAGAAGAGGCCUGAGGUGGAGAGUUCUAUUACUGCGCAAGAAUAUUUGGAAAAGGAAACUGCUGAUGUUACCUCUGCACCUGACGUUGACCUGGAAUACGCUGGCAAUGUGGAACAGGGUCUAGAUGAGGUUAUUCAUGAACCAAGUUCACCGGAGAAGAGGCUUGAGGUGGAGAGUUCUAUUAUUGCGCAAGAACUUUUGGAAAAGGAAACUACUGGUGUUACCUCUGCGCCUGAUGUUGACCCAGAAUCCACUAGGAAUUUGGAACAAGGUCUAGACGAGGUUCUGGAUGAACCAAGUUCAAUGGAGAAGAUGCCUGAGGUGGAUAACUCUAUCACUGCACAAGAGAUUUUGGAAAAGGAAACUGCUGACCUUACCUCUGCGCCUGAUGUUGACCUGGAAUACACUGGCAAUUUGGGACAAGGUCUAGAUGAGGUUCUUGACGAACCAAGUUCAGUGGAAAAGAUGCCUCAGGUGGAUGAUUCUAUUACUGCACAAGAGCUUUUGGAAAAGGAAACUGCUGGCGUUACCUCUGCGCCUGAUGUUAACCUGGAAUACACUGGCAAUGUGGGACAAGGUCUAGAUGAUGUUCUUGACGAACCAAGUUCUGUGGAAAAGAGGCCUGAGGUGGAGAAUCGUCUUAGUGCACAAGACCUUUUGGAAAAUGAAACUGCUGAGAUUACCUUUGUGCCUGAUAUUGACAUAGAAUACACUGGAAAAGUGGAUCAAGGUCUAGAUGAGGUUAUUGAAGAACCAAGAUCGGCAGAGAAGAGGUCUGAGGUGGAGAAUCAUAUUAGUGCACAGCAAUAUUUGGAAACUGAAACUUCUAAUGCUACCUCUGUGCCUGAUACUGACAUUGAAUACACUGCCGAUUUGGAACAAGGACUAGAUGAGGUUCUUGAGGAAUCAAGUUCAGCGGAGAGGAGGCCUGAAGUGGAGAAUCAUAUUACUGCACAAGAACCUUUGGAAAAAGAAACUGCAGAUGCAACCACAUUGGCAGAGACCGACCCAGUGGUCUCCAUGCUUGAAACUGAUGAUUUUCAGGGAGGAAUGGAGACUGCUGUCACACCAUAUGUGGUUCCUAUCUCUGAGCUCGAGAAUGUAGAGACUGGAAUCCAUAGUGAAACCAUUGGUGAUGAAAGAGAAAGCUGUGAUGAUACUUUGGUGUCUCCACCCUCUCAAUCAGAACCAGCUAUGAAUUUGUACAAAGUGACCGAGGCACCAAAUGCACAAGCAGAGGUGCAAAAUUCAGCCGCUGAAGAGAGUAUUGAAGCUCACUUGAAUGAUAUCAUGGCCAUUGAGAUGCAAAAUGUACUCAAUAAUGGCAAUGAAAGUGGCAUGCAUGGAGCUGAGAAUGAGUCCUCUAAUACUGGACCAGCUAUGACUUGGUCCGUAGGCUCUGAUGAGACGGUUUCUGCUUCUGGGAAUGGGAUGCCGAAUGAGACUGUUGGAUAUGUAAGUGAAAAGGAAGCCGUCCAGUUACUGACAGUGUCUGUUCAGUUGGAAGCUGCUGACCCAAUGCUUGAAGAGGAAACUGGUACUGAAACUCAGGAAGAACUGGAGGAAAAUGAGGAAUUUAAGAACCAAACAACAGGUGCUGACCUUGCAGAAGCAUCAGUACAUGAAGUGACGGCUCCUGAAUCUACUGAAUCUACUAUAACAAGCCAGGAGAUAUUAGUAACAGACUUCGUUCUAUCUUCUGGAGCUGCAGUAUUGCCACAUCCUUCUAAGGUCUUGACAGGUGGAGAGGAUGCAUAUUUUAUUGCUGACGAGACAUGGCUUGGUGUAGCUGAUGGAGUUAGUCAGUGGUCGUUGGAAGGGACCAUUCCUGGAGUCUAUGCUCACGAGCUCAUAAAAAAUUGUGAAAAUCUCAUCGCUGAGUGCAGUGGCGAUUCAUUAAACAACCCCAUCGAAUUGCUUAAUCUCAGUGUUGCUCAAACACACUAUCCUGGCUCCUCAACAGUUUUGAUUGCUCAAUUUGACGGUCAGGCUCUUCAUGUUGCCAAUGUUGGGGACACGGGAUUCAUCAUUCUACGCCAUGGCGCUGUUUACAAGAGGUCUUCCCCAAUGCACCAUGUGUUUUCAUUACCAGUCCAAAUUGAAAGAGGCGAUGACCCCUCUUCUCUUGCACAGUUGUACAAAGUUGAUGUGGAGGAGGAGGAUAUAAUUGUAACUGCUACCGAUGGGCUUCUCGACAACUUGUAUGAUCAAGAAAUAUUGUUGAUUGCCACUAAGUCAGUUGCUGAUGGUAAAACUCCCAAGGAAAUAGCAGAGUUGCUGGCGAAGAAGGCACAAGAGGUGAGUAGCUCUGCCUAUGCAAGAAGUCCAUUUGCCGAUGAAGCUCAGGCAGCCGGAUUCCCAGGAUACUCUGGUGGCAAGCUAGAUGACGUGGCUGUUAUUGUGUCUGUUGUGCAAAGGCGAUAAGCCAAAACGCUCUAUAGCUCCCCCCUAUGCUUUGUUCAAUAUGGUUAGCAUUUCACUGUUCCAUCUGUCUGUUGAAUUGCUCACUAGUUCCCUACAAUUUUUUUGGCAUAUAUAUUUUACAAAUAUCUCAAGUUGUAAAUAACAAUGGUGCAAAGAAAACUUUUAUGCUCUUCAUCA